CAACACAGCUAAGUGACAGAGUAACUAAGUUUGUAUAUAUUUUGAGUAUUGACGGUUAAAAUAAAGGUGAAAGACCUUCAACCCACCAGACUAGUAUUUGAAAAACAUUGGCAUCAAUUUAUUCUACACAUUUAAAUUUUACACACAGUCAUUAAAGGUAGCAGAAAGCCACUGCCUGUUAGUGCACGGCCGAAAUAAGCGCGGUUGUAACAUUUGCUUCCGAUUUUGUCAAUCAUAUUUCAGAAUAAAAACAUGUUUACUUCCCGAAACCGUAGCAGACGUCGUUGGAGUGAAAAUUUAUGAAUAUGUAUGCAUUUCCACACAGAUGAAAAACACUUCUGCUAAAUAUAAAAUGAAAAUAAAUGCAGUAUUUACCUUCGAAAUCGAUUUGAAAUUUUUAAUUUGAAAAGAAAUUCCGGUUGCGGUUUUUUUCGUCUGAAAUCACAGCGCUCUUACAAAAGUAGUUGGGCAGAUCUUUGCCAGGCCUACACAAGAAGAAAAACUAUUAUAGGAGAGUUAUACAUACAAACACAGGUAAAUAAGAACAACAAAUCUGUUCUCUGCCGGAGGAUGAAAUGUAAAGUUAUGACUACUGGAAAAUGAACCUAAACUCCACUGCACGGGCUACAGGAAACUUCCUGAUACAAAAAUCCCUCAUCACCAUGAUUCCGAGUUGUAUUUCUCACCCCUUGGAGUUACGCAAAGUCUGAGCUUUCUGGAUGGAGAAUGUGUUACGGCUACGGAAUAAUUUACUCCUGCUUUUGAGACAUGUGCACAGAAGAAUGUAGGGCAGCAGCUUUCAGACAUAAGCUGCUGCUCCUCCAUAUGCGGCCGAAGCAGAUUCUUCGCCUGUGGUUCUCCAUGUUCACCCUGACCCUCCUGCUGCUGUUCUGGUUUGGAGUGUCGAUCACACGGGACAGUUCUUCACCUGCCACACAAAACUCAUCACUCAGGGGCUACAGCAGGGUCAGCCUGCAGAGACAGACCAAGUUUCUGGAUGUUCACUAUAGCCACUGUGCCGUGGUCUCCAGCUCCGGUCAGAUGCUCGGCACCGGUGCUGGAGAUGAAAUUGACCGAACGGGAUGUGUGAUCCGCAUGAACAAUGCCCCCACCAGAGGGUACGAGAAAGACGUCGGGAACCGUACCACCAUUCGGGUUGUGUCUCACACCAGUGUUCCUCUACUGGUAGAAAACCAGCGGUAUUACUUCAAGCAGUCCACCGAUACGAUUUAUGUAUUUUGGGGCCCCAAAAGGAACAUGAGGCAAGAUGGAGGAGGAAUUAUUUUCAAUGUUCUGCUGAAGCUGGCCGUUAAGUACCCGAAAUUGAACAUGUAUGUCAUGACCCAAGACAAGAUUGAGUACUGUGACAAAGUGUUUCAGAAUGAAACUGGAAAAAACAGAAUGAAAACUGGAGCAUUUCUCAGCACUGGAUUUUUCACGAUGAUCCUUGCUAUGGAUAUGUGUGACAGGAUCAGUGUCUAUGGAAUGAUUGAUGAUAGCUACUGUAGCCGAGCCAAUCACAGCGACGCUCCUUACCAUUACUAUGAGCAAAAGGGGUUCAGUGAGUGCAGGAUGUAUACAUACCACGAGUUCACACAGCGUGGAGGACACCGCUUCAUCACUGAGAAGGCCAUCUAUGCCAAAUGGGCAACACAGCACAAUAUACAGUUCAAACAUCCUGCAUGGAAACUCUGAGAAAUGGCGCCCUCAUCUCAGAUAUUUCAUCCAUAUUUCCAAUAUGCCUGGUUGCAGCCUUUAAAUGCUGUUGACGCCCCCAUCAGCAUGUUACUGAACCCUGAGUUAAUGCCUGGCGUGUUGAACGUGUGUAACAGAGCUGGCACUGUUUCAAUAUAUUUUUUCAUUUUUUUCAAGCAAGUAAAUAAAAUUUAUGCUGCCUGGUUAAAUGAGUAAACUUUAUAUGGCCACCCUUUCAGGUACAUAUUGUUUGUGAUUAAUUCCAAAGACUAUUCUAAUAUUUUCAUUGAAAGCAUUUUACUUAAAGAUACACCAGGAAUGUGAAUUAUUGAAAUGAUGGUGUCUUGUUUAUUGUGUCUGAACUGUUUAUCUGCUGCAAAGCAACAAAAAAAAGAAGAACUUGAACAGUUGAAGAAUGUUUCAUCUUAAAUAAAUCUCAUGUCAAACACA